AUGGGUGGGAGCGACGCCGAGCGUCGCACGGCGAGGCUCGAACGCCAAGGCCCUUCCGUCCAUCGUGACCAGCCACGAACACUUUCCGGCCGCACAGCCAAAUUCGUUGGGGUCAGGCCAAGCUUGCGAGUAUGCGCUCAGCACAAGAGAUGCCGCGGGCUCAAUGGCCCCAAGCGUGAUGAGCCGGAUGCUGAGCGGGACGCCCCGCCCAACGAAACUGGCGCGGAGUACUAG